AUGAGGGAGCUGGGAGCCGAUGACGAAGCCAACAGCAAACGUAUGGGCUUCUUGCUUUUUAUUAAAGUACAUAAGCAACUGCGUGAUGACCGAUUGUUUAUUGAGGGAAGGGCAUUUGCAUGGAGCACCGAAUAUGGGUUAAAAUGUGGUAAUGAAAAUGGAUUUGUUGUUUUGAAAAAAAUGUUCCCUGAUGUUAAGUUUGAUAACGUGGAGCGAGCUGUCAACUUUGACAGCAACGAUAAACGUCAUGGACAGCUGUUACAAAACUCCUCACUAUCUACAGCAGCGCCAUCUGCACAUUCAAUGCAACAACAUUCAACACAGGGGGAUCUAAAUGCAAGAAUAGGAAAUGAACGAGGCUUCUACAAUGAAAAUGGAUAUCAUCCUCUACUAACUUUAGACCCCAAAAGAAUAUCGAAGGACAGUAAGACAGAUAGAAAAGGAAGAGAACUGCUUGAUUUCGCUGAAUCUUUCAACCUAAUGGUCCUAAAUGGCAGAUCUAAAAGUGAUGUUAAGGGUGAAUUCACUUUUGUAAGAGGAAACUCGUGUUCGGUAAUUGAUUAUUGUUUUGUAGCAGAUGAUUGGCUUUAUGGGGUAUCGGAUUUUAAGGUUCAUGAAAAGUGUUUUUCGGAUCAUAUGCCAAUUUCUGUUGUUAUGAAAAUAAACAACGAUAAACAGUCAAUAUGUCAAGGUUUCACUGAAUUAACAUUGCCCAGAUUAAUGUGGCGAAAUAAUCUCAAAAAAACGUAUCAAGAUGCAUUAGACCUUGAACUUGAUUCCAUGAAGUCAAGAGGCGAAAUAGUUUCAAUAGAAAGCUUGCAAGAUGUAAUACGUAAAUCAGCACCAAAAAUAUCCGAUAAAUCUAGUAGAAUUCAACCAAAACAGAAAUGGUUUGACGCAGAGUGUCUUAGAGCUAGAGAAAAAGUGUUUUCUUUUCUGAAACUAUUUAGAAGAUAUAACACCCCUUAUUUUAAACAAGAGUAUGCGAAAGAAAAAAAACGAUUUAAGGAGAUUUGUUUACACAAGAAAACCCAGUAUUUUGAAGAAAAAGUGCACACUAUCAUUGCAAGCCGAAACACGAAGGAGUUCUGGAAAGCAGUUCGAUUUGUAAACGGAGCAAAACUCAAAAUUGGUAUUAACAUUCCUAGCCACGAUUUGAAAAUUCACUUUCAAUCACUUUUAAAUGUAGAGUCAUCAACGUUACCUUUUCAUUACUGUGUUAAUUAUAUCGAGAAUCAAGAUAUGGAUCAACCGUUUACAUCUAUAGAGUUGAAAUCAGUGUUAAAAGAAAUGAAAGAAUCUAAGGCACCAGGAGAAGAUCUUAUACCUCACGAAUUUUAUAAGUAUUGCAGUGAUGAUUUUGCCAAACAUCUGUUAGCGAACCUAAACGAUUUGUAUGAAAACGACAUUGUCCCAACAUGCUUUGAAUCAUCCGUUAUUCUUCCAGUUUACAAAAAAGGAAAUCAGAACAUGGUGGAAAAUUACAGAGGGAUAUCACUGCUUAAUACAAUUCGUAAGAUAUUUGGAAGUAUGUUGUACAGACGCCUUAGUAAUUGGGCAGAAGAACAGCAGAUACUUAGUGAAUGCCAAGCUGGAUUUCGUCAAGGUUACUCCACCGUUGAUCAAAUUUAUACACUUAGCACUAUUGUAGACAUUUACCGUGAGGAAGGCAAAAAUAUCUAUGUCUACUUCGUUGAUUUCAAAUCCGCAUUUGACACUGUAGAUCGAGAUUUAAUGUUCUAUAAACUUUCUGCUCUGGGUCUACCAUUUAAAAUGUUGAGGACAUUAAGAAAAAUAUACAAAAACUGUUCAGCGAAGGUAUGGGAUGGAGUCAAUAUGUCUGAAAGUUUCGCAACACCAUCAGGUUUGAGACAAGGAUGCAUCUUGAGUACACUUCUUUUCGCCCUUUUUAUUAAUGAUAUUGUUUCCUAUCUUAAUGGAGGGAUUGAUGUAGGUCGUACUAAAAUCAAAGUUUUGAUGUACGCCGAUGAUAUAGUGCUGUUAGCAGACACGCCAAUAAAACUCCAGAUGAUGAUAACUAAGCUCGAAGAAUUUUGUAAACUGUGGAACCUUACAGUAAACAGAGGAAAAUCCCAAAUAAUGAUUUUUGGUAGAGGCAAGAGACAGCGAAGUGGAAACUAUAUCUGGAAAUUGGAGAGGGAAGCAGUGGAAGUAGUUGAUAGUUACAAAUACCUGGGAGUAAUACUAACACCACAAAAUAGUAUUAAAACUCACUUGCUAGAAAAACUGAAAAGUGCAAAAAUUGCCAUAAACACAACCUGGUUGACUUGUAUGAAAAAUAAGAGCAUAGGACUUCGAGUCAAAUAUCAAAUCUUUGAGGCAACAGCGAGAUCAGUUAUGUUUUAUGCAACGCAAGUUUGGGGAUAUUUACAAUAUGAGAGUGUAGAACAGCUUCUCAGGUUCUUUCUUAAAAGAGUACUGCACCUUCCCCGGACGACUCCCACAUAUAUGUUGCACAUUGAAACUGGACUCCCACCAUUGUUCAUCACAACACUGAAACUCCAUUUUGAUUACGUCCUUAAAGUAUUAAACAUGCACGAAGCAAGACUUCCUAAAAUAGUUGCUAUGCACGCCAUCGCAAAAAAAGCAUCAUGCUUUCAGAAAUGGAACGAACUGGCUGAGAGGACGGGACGUCCAUUAAAUUUAUCGGGAUCUAACAUACAGGAAACGAAAGUUGAACUUUACAAUAUACUCCAGAAUCUUGAUGAAAAACUACAUAAAGCCUUUAUUGAAGAAGCUCAAUCAUCAAUUUAUCGAAGGUACUAUUCGAAACUGGAACAUGAUCUAAGCUCGAUUAGCUAUUUUGGAAACAAUGUCGAUGCAGAAAAAAUCUCAACCAUAUUUAAGUCUGGAUAUUCUCCAUAA